AUGGCAGAGGUGGCGCGCGCGCCGGCCGCCCGGCCGAGCCUGACCUCCAUCUCGUCGGGGGAGCUGCGCAGCCUGUGGACGUGCGACUGCGAGCUGGCCCUGCUGCCGCUGGCCCAGCUGCUGCGCCUGCAGCCCGGCGCCUUCCAGGUGCGCGGCGACCAGCUCGUGGUGUCCGGCCCCGUGGGACCCGCGGCGGCGCGCGGCGGCUUCAACGUCUUCGGCGACGGCCGCGUGCGCCUCGACGGGCAGCUCUACCGCCUCAGCAGCUACAUCAAGAGAUAUGUGGAACUGACCAACUACUGCGAUUAUAAAGACUACAGGGAAACUAUACUGAGCAAACCAAUGCUGUUCUUUGUUAAUGUACAGACCAAAAAAGACACCUCCAAAGAAAGAACAUACGCAUUUCUUGUGAACACAAGGCACCCCAAAAUAAGAAGACAGAUAGAGCAAGGGAUGGACAUGGUCAUCUCCUCGGUGAUUGGAGAAAGCUACCAGCUUCAGUUUGACUUUCAAGAAGCAGUAAAAAAUUUUUUCCCUCCAGGAAAUGAGGUGGUUAACAGAGAAAAUUUGAGCUUUGUGUAUGAAUUCAAAGCUGAUGCAUUAUUUGAUUUCUUCUAUUGGUUUGGGCUCAGCAAUUCCACUGUAAAGGUGAAAGGAAAAGUUCUGAAUUUGUCAAGUACAAGUCCAGAAAAGAAGGAGACAAUUAAAUUAUUUCUGGAAAAAAUGAGUGAACCUUUAAUCCAAAGGAGCAGUUUCUCUGACCGAAAAUUCAGUGUAACUUCCAGAGGUUCGUUAGAUGAAGUUUUCAACUGCAGUCGGUCACCCAGAUCGUCUCUGACUGAGGUUCUUUUGGCAGAAUUGCCGUUUCCAAGCGUUCUGGAAUCUGAAGAGACACCCGACCAAUUUAUCUGAUUGGAUUGAACAUGUUAUGGUCACUGCUAUCUGCCAG